AUGCCUGAUCAGGACAAAAAUUGAAGAGCACAUAAAAACCAAUACAAAAAAAAGCAUCCUGGAAUCUCUAUGAGGGAUUAUUCUGAUCUAAAAAGGCUUCAUUCUCUCUUAAGUGUUCAGUCAAGGAACCAACAGCUUCCAGCUAUAUAUAUUGAAAGUGAUCAAACCAGUGUGACAAGAACUUGGCAAAAUGUCAAAAUCAAUGAACAAAAGUCCAAUGGCCAAUGGCAAGAAUCAAGAGAAGCUGUUGAGCUUGAAAAAUGUAGCAUGACCUACAAGAAUGAGAGAAAUUUUAGCAAACAUCCCAAGCAUCAGCUGUUUCAAGAUAUCUUUACAAGUUUAGUUAAGGAGAGACUUACCUGCAGGUCAUGGGUUAUUCAUGCUUCAUCCAUCUAUUUUCUUAGAGUAUUAUUCUGCCUGACAUUGUUAAUGAGGGAUCCAUGCUACCAGGAAAUGCUCCACAGACUGGGUGGAACUGAAAGCCUAGCUCAGUAUAUGGAAACAGUAGUAAAUCUUUAUCUUAAUUACAGAGAAGAGCAGCCUAAUGUAGAAUGUAGGGAGAAGAUAAGAGAGCUCACCAUUGUUGAGAACUUGCUGGUGAUAUUACUUGAGUAUGAUUUUUCCUGUGAAAGGCUCACAGCAGAGUUGCUAUGACUCUUUUGUGCAGAGUCAUGAGUCAAAGAUCAAAUUAAAAUGUAUGAAGGGGUUUCAGUCUUGCUCAGUUUACUCCAUUUUGAUCACAUCAAACUUCCAUGGAGUAUAGUUUGGAUCCUGGUACAGGUUUGUGAAGAUCCAGAGACUAGUGUGGAAAUUUGGAUGUGGGGUGGAAUCAAGCGGCUCCUUCAUGUGUUACAAGAGGAAAGAAGUCUUGUAUCUGACUGCUCUUCAGUUGGAAGAUUAUCUAGUGCAAAUGCAGCAGGGAGAAUCCAGCAUUUUCAUUUGUCAGAUGAGCUGAGUCCUGAUGAGAUACAAGAAAAUACUUUCUCUCUUCAUGCAGCUUGUUGUGCUGCAGUUACUGGACUGGUGCUCAAUGAGACUAAUGCUUACCAGGUUGUACAGGCAAAUGCAAUAUAUACAAUAACAAAGCUAAUUUUACCAAACAAAGAAAAGAAUGCUGAACAAGUGAGAUUACUACAGUGUUAUGCUUUGAGAGCCUUGAGAUUUCUCUUCAGUGUAGAAAGAAAUCAACAUAUUUUUAAAAGACUUUUUCCUACUGACUUGUUUUAAAUCUUCAUUGAUAUUGGACAUUAUGUGUGUGAUAUCAGAGCUUAUGAAGGGUUCAUAUCAGAGCUAAAUUUGUUAAAGGAGGAUGUAUUUAAGCAAAUUGCUGAAAGUAUUGUGAACAUGACUCAGGCACCCACAAAACAUGUAAGAAGUUAUGAAAUUUUAGAGCGCCUUGACAGUGGAGCUUUUGGAAGUAUAUAUAAGGUUAGAAAACAUAAUGGACAACAUCUUGUGGCAAUGAAAGUAGUUGAUUUACACAAUCCAGCAUUUGGAAAGGACAAAAAAGACAGAGACAGCAGUGUAAAAAAUACUGUCUCUGGAUUAGCCAUCAUCAAAGAGCGGCUUUAUCAUCCAAAUGUUGUAUAAUAUUACAGAACCUUCUUGGAAAAUGAUAGAUUAUACAUAGUCAUGGAGCUCAUAGAGGGGGUUCCAUUGGGAGAACACCUUUACUGUUUGAAAGAAAAACAACAGUUAACAGAAGACAGAAUAUGGCAUGUAUUUAUCCAACUUUGUCUAGCUCAUUAUUUGCAUAAAGAGAAAAGGAUUGUUCAUCAAGAUCUCACUCCAAGCAAUGCCAUUUUGUGGGAUAAAAACAAAGUUACAAUUAGCUCUUUAAAGUUGUGUGUUGUUGGAAAUGUAAACAGACAUUUGCAAUCUGAUCCUAGUCAGGCUGUUUCUGGCUCUGACUUUGGGCUUGCAAAGCAAAAGCAAGAAAACUGCAAACUUGAAUCAGUAGUGGGAACCAUCCUUCACUCCUGCAUAUAACUUUUAGUCCAUCCUGAGGUUGUAAAGGGUGAGCUGCAUGGAGAGAAGGCUGAUGUCUGGGCUGCAGGAUGCAUCCUUUAUCAGAUGGCCACUCUGAACCCAGCAUUUUACAUCACCAGUACACUCUCCUUGGCAACUAAGAUAGUAGGGGCUGUGUAUGAAUCUGUGCCAGGAGGACUGUACUCUGAAAACGUCUCAUUUGCCAUUAAGAGCUGCUUGACUCCUGAUGCAGAGGCACAUCCAGACACAGUGGAAGUCAGCUCACUGCUGCCUGAUGUGAUGAUGAAAUACAUGGAUGUUUUAUCCACCUCUUAUCUCGUGUUGGAGAAGAAACUGGAUUGGGAGAGGAGAAGAACCCAGCAGUACUACACAGAGGCUAAACAAAAUACAGUAACCUAUCCCCAUCAGCUUUCCAUGUUAUUACAAAAAAAUGAUGAGAAGUUGAGUCUGCAUAACAGCAGCAGUUGAGCAGCAAGUUGCAAGAAUGAAUUUUCAAAAAAUACUGACCUGCCAGUUGACAGUUGUCAGUCUGCACAUGGAAAAGAUGAGGAAAGAACAUAUGAAGCAAUCCUGGUAGAGCAUGACAGGACUGUGGAGAAAGGUAUUUUCUCUGAAUUAGAAAAUGAGACAGACAUAGUGGACAACUCAAGCAGCUCCAGUUCAAGUAAUUUGAAAGAGUCUGCUAUAGGUAUAAUUAAACAAAGUUUUAGUGCUUCUGAAAGACAACCUCAGAUAAGAGAUUAUGUUGAUAGUUUUGGAUCAAGAUGACAAUCAGCGUUGGCAGAAAUUGCUGUAUCACAAAGGAAGGUGCUUCAGAUCAGUGACCCUGUUCAGCAGAUUCUUAUUCAGCUGCAAAAAAUUAUCUUCAUCACUCAACUUCCUUCAGCUUUGUGAUGCAACUUGAAAAGGUGAAUUGUUGGAAGAUUCAAGAAAUCCCUUUUCAGUCAGCAGAGCAAUCCUUGUAAACUGAAAGGAGAAAUCAAAAAGCUGCUGCAAGGUUCUCCUGAAUUGAUUGAACCCAAUAUCUUCAUAGCAGAUUGGCAUGGCAUACCUCUUUCUUCAGCUGGAAAUCUGUUGCUUCCAGAAGAUAGGAAAGGCAUUUUUGACACUUCUGGCAUGGCAGAAGGGAUGACAUAUGAGCAGUUGCAGACUCUAAUGAAAGAGGUUCUAGAGGAAAGUGGUUAUUACAGUUUCUCUUCUAACAGGUCAGUAUAG